AGUCAAUCAUUACCAUCAAAUAUUUUACGUCUUCUCCAUUCAAUUGAGAGUCCAGCCAUUCCUUUACAUAUUUCGAAAUGCGGGCUUUCGCUGCUCUAGCAAUUGCUACUGCUGCCAGCCUUAUUGGACAAGCUCUGGCAGCACCUAUCUCCGGCAGACUAUUAUCUAGAUCCACCGGGAUCGUCGUAACACCAGGUACCGUCGAUGACAUUAUAAUUACUGCGGAUAACACCGUCAACGGCACUGUUCAUCCAAGUCACAACGGGACGGUCUCUGUGCCUCGUAUCCAAGCCACCGAGAAACUUUCAUUCGCUCUCGUCAACAACUUCGACGGAGCCCAGAUAAGUGCCUAUGUCACGGGGCGAGAUGUGGAUAACAACAUUGUGAUGCUUCAGGCCGACGGAACCUGGUACUAUCCAAAUCCACAGGGUUCCACAACGCCAAUCGCCAUCACCGGCAACGUGAAUAUUCCUCUCGGUGCCAAAGGAACUACGACCAAUAUUCAACUACCUGGCUACAUCUCCUCCGCUCGAGUGUACUUCGCUGAGGGAAAUCUUCAGUUCUUCGUCGUCUCAAUAGACAGCAACGGCGGCGCCGGCCUCGUUGAACCUGCUGCAAACAACCCCUCAGAUCCCAACGCCGGCGUCAACUGGGGCUUCGUCGAGCUCACAAACAACGAUGGCGGCCUCUACGCCAACAUUAGCUACGUCGACUUCGUUGGCCUCGUGCUGUCAAUGUCAAUGAUCGCCGGAGAUGGCAGCGUCCAAACCGUCAAAGGCCUUCAAGCCGGUGCGGCGUCUUCGAUCUGCAACGACCUGACCACAGUAGCUGGACAGGACGGCCAGCCUUGGGACCAGCUCUGCAUGAAAGACAGCAACGGCAAGCUACUGCGUGUCCUUGCGCCCACAAAGUACCUUGACUUGGCUCCGGAUGCGUUCUCCAGUUACUUCACAGACCACAUCAACACCGUCUGGAGCACGUACUCCACCAAGGACCUGACCAUCAACACUCAGUCCACUUCCGGCGAUGUCGCUUGCAGGACGUCGGGCGAUGUGUUGAAUUGCGCUGGCGAUAAUCGCAGCUACGCGAAGCCCGUUCCUCAGGAUAUCUUUGGGUGCAAUAGCGGGACCUUUUAUAUCGACCGUGCCAACGAUAAUGCAAUCCAUUAUGCUGUGGCGCCGCGGUUGUGUGCUGCCUUUGCUCGCACGACGUUGCUGCUUUCAGGUGGUGAUGUGCAGCCGUCCCUGGAUAGUAGUAGUUACUAUACUACUGCGCCGACCCAUCGUUAUAGUCAGUAUGUGCAUAAGUACGAGACCGACAACAAGGGCUACGCUUUCUCAUACGACGAUGUCAACCCUUCCGGAGAGAAUGCGGCUGGUGUUGUGUCGGAUGCGAAUCCUCAACUCUUGACAAUUUACGUCGGCGGAUAUGCCGGUUAAAGAAGAGAGAAUUGCAGGCUCUCAGAUGUGCUGCGACGAAGUGGUCGGUCUCCUAGCACUUUCGCGUUUUGCGUCUACUACAAUCAUUUCUUGCAUAUUUCGCUCUUUCAGUCUUUCUAGUCACUCGCUCUUGUGAAUGUCGUUCUUUACGCGGGAACGACGGAACGUUUUGUAAAAUAGUACGGAAGUCUCUUUCUUACAUUCGCUUUGUACAUACUUACUCUCGAUAUGGCAUGUCUUGAGGAGGAAUUUGACAAGU